AUGAGUCAGCUGAGGCUGCUGACGUCCCGGCUGGGGCUGCAGGCCGCGAGGCUUCUGGCCCCACACGACGGCCAGGUGUCCAGCUGGCGCAGCAGGUCGUCUGGGCCACAGGCUGCCGUCCCGGGCAGCAGAGGCGGAGGAGGCUCCAGCUACAUGGAGGAGAUGUACUUCGCCUGGUUGGAAAACCCCCAGAGUGUCCACAAGUCCUGGGACAGCUACUUCCGGAAAGUCAGCGAGGGAGCGUCGGGUGGCCCGCCUCAGCCACAGGCCCCCUCUGUGGUACCCGAGAGCAGGCCAGUCGCCUCAAGCCAGACCAGGACUGGCAAGCUGGUGGAGGACCACCUGGCUGUGCAGUCCCUGAUUCGGGCCUACCAGAUCCGGGGCCACCAUGUGGCCCAGCUGGACCCCCUGGGCAUUCUGGAUGCAGACCUGGACUCCUUUGUACCCUCAGACCUAAUCACAAGCAUCGAUAAAUUGGCCUUCUAUGACCUGCGGGAGGCUGACCUGGACAAGGAGUUCCAGUUGCCCAUGACCACCUUCAUCGGAGGCUCCGAGCACACCCUCUCCCUGCGGGAGAUCAUUCAGCGCCUGGAGAGCACCUACUGCCAGCACAUCGGCCUGGAGUUCAUGUUCAUCAACGACGUGGAGCAGUGCCAGUGGAUCCGGCAGAAGUUCGAGACCCCAGGCGUGAUGCAGUUCUCCAGCGAGGAGAAGCGGCGGCUGCUGGCCCGGCUGGUGCGCUCCAUGAGGUUCGAAGACUUCCUGGCCCGGAAGUGGUCCUCGGAGAAGCGGUUUGGCCUGGAGGGCUGUGAGGUCAUGAUCCCUGCCCUCAAGACCAUCAUUGACAAGUCCAGUGAGAUGGGGAUUGAGAACGUCAUCCUGGGCAUGCCGCACAGGGGCAGGCUGAACGUGCUGGCCAACGUCAUCCGCAAGGACCUGGAGCAGAUCUUCUGCCAAUUCGAUCCCAAGCUGGAGGCAGCGGAUGAGGGCUCUGGAGAUGUAAAAUAUCACCUGGGCAUGUACCACGAGAGGAUCAACCGGGUCACGAACAGAAACAUCACCCUGUCCCUGGUGGCCAACCCGUCCCACCUGGAGGCCGUGGACCCCGUGGUGCAGGGCAAGACCAAGGCCGAGCAGUUCUACCGCGGGGACGCCCAGGGCAAGAAGGUCAUGUCCAUCCUGGUGCACGGGGACGCCGCCUUCGCCGGCCAGGGCGUGGUCUACGAGACCUUCCACCUGAGCGACCUGCCCUCGUACACCACCAACGGCACCGUGCACGUGGUUGUCAACAACCAGAUCGGCUUCACCACUGACCCUCGGAUGGCCCGCUCCUCACCGUACCCCACCGAUGUGGCCCGUGUGGUCAACGCGCCCAUCUUCCACGUGAACGCAGACGACCCAGAGGCCGUGAUAUACGUGUGCAGCGUGGCGGCCGAGUGGAGGAACACCUUCAACAAAGACGUGGUUGUGGACCUGGUCUGUUACCGCCGGCGCGGCCACAAUGAGAUGGACGAGCCCAUGUUCACGCAGCCGCUCAUGUACAAGCAGAUCCAGAAGCAGGUGCCCGUGCUGAAGAGGUACGCAGACAAGCUCAUCGCCGAGGACACGGUCACGCUGCAGGAGUUCGAGGAAGAAAUCGCCAAAUACGACCGGAUCUGUGAGGAGGCGUACGGCAGGUCUAAAGAUAAAAAGAUCCUGCACAUAAAGCACUGGCUGGACUCGCCCUGGCCCGGCUUCUUCACUGUGGACGGGGAGCCCAAGAGCAUGACGUGUCCAACCACCGGCAUCCCCGAGGACGUGCUGACCCACAUCGGCAACGUGGCGAGCUCUGUGCCGCUGGAGGACUUCAAAAUCCACACGGGCCUCUCUCGAAUCUUGUGGGGCCGCGCGGACAUGACCAAGAAGCGGGAGGUGGACUGGGCGCUGGCGGAGUACAUGGCCUUCGGCUCCCUGCUCAAGGAGGGCAUCCACGUGCGACUCAGCGGGCAGGAUGUGGAGAGGGGCACGUUCAGUCACCGGCACCACGUUCUCCACGACCAGGAAGUUGACCGGCGGACGUGUGUCCCCAUGAACCACCUUUGGCCUGACCAGGCCCCGUACACCGUGUGCAACAGCUCCCUCUCGGAGUACGGCGUCCUGGGCUUCGAGCUGGGCUACGCCAUGGCCAGCCCCAACGCGCUGGUCCUCUGGGAGGCUCAGUUUGGCGACUUCCACAACACGGCCCAGUGCAUCAUCGACCAGUUCAUCAGCACCGGCCAGGCCAAGUGGGUGCGGCACAACGGCAUCGUGCUGCUGCUGCCCCACGGCAUGGAGGGCAUGGGGCCGGAGCACUCCUCGGCGAGGCCCGAGCGGUUCCUGCAGAUGAGCAACGAUGACUCGGAUGCCUACCCCGCCUUCUCUGAGGACUUCGAGGUGCGGCAGCUCUACGACUGCAACUGGAUCGUGGUCAACUGCUCCACGCCGGCCAACUACUUCCACGUGCUGCGCCGGCAGACCCUGCUGCCCUUCCGCAAGCCGCUGAUCGUCUUCACUCCCAAAUCGCUGCUGAGGCACCCGAAGGCCAAGUCCAGCUUUGACCAAAUGGUAUCCGGGACCAGCUUCCAGCGGGUCAUUCCUGAGGAUGGGGCCGCGGCUCAGACUCCUGAGCGGGUACGGCGGCUCAUCUUCUGCACGGGCAAGGUGUACUACGACCUGGUGAAGGAGCGGAGCACCCAGUGCCUGGAGGACCAAGUGGCCAUUACACGCCUGGAGCAGAUCUCCCCGUUCCCCUUCGACCUGAUCAAGAGAGAGGCAGAGAAGUACCCAGGCGCAGAGCUGGUCUGGUGCCAGGAGGAGCACAAGAACAUGGGCUACUACGACUACAUCAACCCACGCUUCAUGACCAUCCUGAACCGGACACGGCCCAUCUGGUAUGUUGGCCGUGACCCAGCAGCUGCACCGGCCACAGGAAACAGGAACGCUCACCUGGUGUCUCUGAAGAAGUUUCUGGAUACUGCCUUCAAUCUGAAGGCCUUUGAGGGCAAGACAUUUUAG